UCCUCGGUACCAUUUCGCGAUCCCGUUCCGAGGCCCGCCAGCCCAGCCGGCCCCACGUUGUUGGAGCGUCAGUGUCGGAAAGCUUUGAUCCAUCUCGUCUUCCGCUCUAUCUUGCUCUCUCUCUCUCUCUCUCUCUCUCUCUCUCUCUCUCUCUCUCUCUCACUCUCGCUUUGUUGGAGAGAAGAUAGAUAGAUAGGUAGCAUGGUGGUGUCGUUCGUGGGCCAUCCAGCUCUUUGCAUUGCAACCGUCGGUGAAAAUCAAUUCUUUUGCCGUCCUCCCUCCUCAUUCAUUCAUUUCAUCCAUCGUGGAGGAAUUGGUUGGCAGCGGCAGCAACGCGCCAGUGUUGACAAGACUCGCUCUUCCAAGCAAGGCCCCACAACACCACAGACAGCAUUCAAGGCAAGGCCCCCUUCCUUGCCUCUGCCAAAUCUCCAGCUGCUUGGGGAUGGAGUCCUCAAGAUCUUGUGCUCCAAACCAAUGCCCCUCCAAUGCUGCUCCUGGGUGGAAGAAUGUCAAACAAGACCUGGCUCCCAUUUGCUGCAAGAAAGAGCAAAAUGUCUUUUUGAUCCAAGAACUCCACUCCACGCACCUCAAGGUUCCUGCAUUUUUAGGGUUCUUGAGAAUUUGAGGAGCUCGACUGAGAUCUCCCAUCGCCCGUGACUGCCUUGUCGACGACCUUGUGUUGCUCAGAGCUCCCGGAUCUCGAGGACUCGAGAGAGCAAGGUGGAGACGCUACCAGACGGUGUUCGCCGUUCGAGCGACGCUGGACUGGGCGGCAAGUUAUCAGUCACGCUCUCGCCAAGCUUGUCACGGAGGUGGACUGCUACACGAGAACGUAGUCAGCGAGCUCGAGCAACCUUCGAAACUCAUCGUAAGUGAGGAGGGCGAGACUCUCAAGGCAAUGGAGUGCAUCCACAAGCGUGGGGCUCCCAUCCGCGACAUAGACUCGUCCAAGCUUGUCAGCCAAGUUGACGAGGCCGGGAAGUUGCGUGUUAAGCUGGUUGGGCGUUGGCGGUGGCAUGAUCACACCGGUUUAGCAAGCAAGAGUGGAGUGAAGAUCAUCAAGCCCACAUUUGUUGGAUCGCCCAAUGCAAAUCCCCUCGAUCUAUCCAUCGCAAGAUACCCUGAAUGCUACACAAUGGGACUCGGUCUCCACCACCCCAUCCAGCGGAGGAGGCAUUUGCGUGGUCGCGGCUUGUGCGGCGCUGCACCGCCUCGCAAUCCCUGGCGGAGGGCAAGCGUCUCCAUAAGCAGAUCGCCGCUGCAGGCAUGGAUCGCGAGACGGUGCUUGGGAACCUCCUGGUGGACAUGUAUGGGAAGUGUGGCUGCCUCGACUCCGCUCUACAAGUGUUCCAGCGGAUCCACUGCAGGAACGUCUACUCGUGGUCAAUCAUGAUCGCAGCAUAUGCCCGCAAUGGGCAUUACCACCAGUCGAUCCAGCUCUUCCGGAGAAUGCACCACGAUGGAGUGCGCCCAAACGAAUUUACCCUCAGCAUCGUUCUACACGCGUGCUCCAGCGCUGGCAGCAUUGCUGACGGAAGAUUAAUUCACGCCGCAAUGGAUACUAGCCACGUACUGUUCGAGUACGUAGGAAAUGCGCUUAUCGUUCUUUAUGGCAAAUGUGGCGAUGUUGGAAGCGCCGAAAGAGUGUUCUUAGAAAUGCAGCACAGAGAUCCUGCGUCAUGGACAGCUAUGGUUGCAGCAUAUGCCCAAAACGGGCAUUACAGGAAGGCUAUUGAUGUCGUCCAGAAAAUGCUGCUAGGGCGGGCUUUCCUCGACAGCCGCGCGUUUGUUGUGAUCAUUGAUGCUUGUGCCGUGGCUGAAGACAUCGACCAAGGCAAAGAGAUUCACGAGCUAGCUGCUCUAUCAAAGUUUGAGGAGCUCGUUGCAGUUGCCAACGCACUUAUCAACAUGUAUGGCAAAUGCGGCUGUCUGAACGAAGCAAGAGAGGUUUUCGAUCGAAUGCCCUCCAGGGACGUGGUUACCUGGACCACGAUUAUCGUUAUUUACGUCCAAAACGGUGAGCCAAUGCUGGCUCUGGAUGUCUUCCACCAAAUGGAGCUCGAGCCAGACCAGGUAACUUAUGUUGCGGUGCUGGAGGCUUGUGGAAGCGUAGGAGCACUUGUUUGGGGGCGAGAAAUCCAUGCCAGACUCACAUCAGCCCUCGACGAAAGCUCGUCCAGCAACAGGGUGUUUACAGCUCUUGUGAAAAUGUAUGGACAGCUUGGCUGUGUGGACGAGGCCGAAAUCAUCUUUGGCCGCAUGAAAUGUCUAGACGUAGUUUCCUUGUCCGCCAUGGUAGGAGUUUAUGCUCAAGGCAGUGAUAGCAUCCGAGCUUUAAACCUCCUGAGAAGAAUGCUGCAGCAAGGAUUCAAGCCCAACGCGAUCACGUCUAUCAGCGUUUUCUCGGCGUGCAGUCAAUCUGGUUUUCUACACGAAGCGUUGCUCUUCUACAGCUCGAUGGAACACGACUAUGGGAUACAACCCACCGAAAAGCAUGUCGUGUGCAUGGUGGACAUAUUCGCCAAGCUUGGAUGGCUGGAGCAAGCCGAAGCACUGAGCAAGGAGCUGCUGUCUUGGGAGUCUCGUGUGAUUGCCAGCAGCAUCCUACUUGCAGCAUGCCAAGUUCAUGGGGAUGCCGACACGGGCCUGCAAGUUGCAAGGCUCGUUCUCGAGUGGGACUCCGAUAGUGCUGCUCACUAUGUUGGUUUUUCGAACGCGUGUUUUGGAUGUGGCCUAGCUGCGAAACAUGUGAAGAGUGUGCUUUUCGAGGCUGUGAGUGCAUGGGAAGAAGUGGAUUAAGCGGCAACAGUCGAUUGACCUCUACCCAAGGUUCGUUGUUUUACUUAGCUUUCUAAAUUGUGCUUACUCUUUUCUUUCUUUUAUUUUUACUGGAUGGCUCGAUUUAAAAUGAAGGUCGCGAGCAUUCGCGCACUCCUUUGGUGACUGGCUUUUGGUCUUUUGGCGAUCGAAGAUUGAAGAUCAAUGGACAACUCACUCUGUAUAUAUGAUCUUCAAAUCUUUGCGGUCCACAGGUUCUUUU